CAGAUGAUUAGUUCUCUGGGAAGGAUGGACUGUAACAUUGAAUCAAUUACAGGUUGCUCUUGCAGAGGCGCAUUUGUGUGAGUGGCCGUGGUGCAGGACGGAGGAGCACAGCACAAGGGAGAGGAUUACUACUGCUUUACAACCGAGGACCCUUGGGCUGAUUAGAGUAUUUUACAAGAGCUUUGCCAUUCAUUUUGGCUGUUCUUUUUUAUCAAAGGGAACAACCAAAAGGGAUUAAAAAGCUGAGCACAAUCAAAGUGACCAUGGGAUUCCUGGAGACACAUCUCGUUUUGGGGAUUGUCUUACUAGGGGUAUUUUCAGAUGUUUCAAAACCUUGGCCGGUCAUUAAUUCAGAUAAAAAAGAAUUUAUUCUGACACCUCAUUCGGAGUUCAACAUCACAUGCUCUGGAGAAAGCAGAGUGAGAUGGGCCGAACCAUUACCGGACAACAGCGAAAUGCAUUCCGGGUUUAAUCACAGUACUUUGGUGAUCACUGAUGUUGAGGCAUUAAACACACGUCUCUACACCUGCGAAUAUGUGGAUCAGCCUGAAAGAAACGCUGAAAUCUACGUUUUUGUUUCAGAUCCUGAGGUUCCAUUCGUGUCUGAACCUGUUGUUGAGACAAAUGAGAUGGGCAUAACUAUCCCAUGCCUCGCUACAAACCCACAUUCUCAAGUGAUUCUCAGAGACCUGCAGAGUGGGGAUGUGGUUUCUCUGUUUUACGACCACAAGACCGGCUUUUUCGGCAUCUUAUCACCAGGUCAAUACGUUUGCGAGACGAGCGUGAAUGGCAAAGCAGUGAGGAGCAGCGUUUAUAAUGUGACAAAUGACACGGGUAAUUAA